AGAACAACCGAGCAAGUAGGUCGACGACAUCGAUCAUCCUUCGCCCCGUCUACGUUUUUAUUGGAAUCUAGCAUCUAGCUCUAGGCAGGGAAUCCGAGAUAUAAACCUCGAAAUAGACGCCGGCUCACCUUUCCGUUACGACCUAUCUCGGAGCUCGAUCCCAUAUUCACUAAACCUAUAACGACCUACAAAAUCCGAGCAAGAUGUUCCGAGCUUUGCAGAGGACCAGGGCUUUGAAGCAGGGCAACCGUCUGCUUCAUACCACCGCACCCCGACGGGCCGAUGUGACCCUGACGAUCGAUGGAAAGGAGGUUACCGUACCUCAGGGGACGGCUUUGAUCCAGGCUUGUGAACAAGCCGGAGCUCAGAUCCCCCGAUUCUGUUACCACGACCGACUCGCCAUUGCGGGUAACUGUCGAAUGUGCCUUGUCGAGGUCGAGCGAUCUCCCAAGCCGGUAGCGUCGUGUGCUAUGCCCGCUAUGCCGGGAAGCAAGGUGUUUACGAACACGCCGUUGGUUCACAAGGCUAGGGAAGGAGUCAUGGAGUUCCUUCUCGCCAACCACCCUCUCGACUGCCCCAUCUGUGACCAAGGUGGAGAGUGUGACUUGCAGGACCAGUCGAUGCGAUACGGAUCCGACCGAACUCGAUUCCACGAGAUCACCGGAAAGCGUGCCGUCGAGAACAAGGACCUCGGCCCUAUCGUCAAGACCAACAUGACGCGUUGUAUCCAGUGCACCCGAUGUGUGAGGUUCGCCAACGAGGUCGCUGGAGUGGAUGAUCUCGGUACGACCGGAAGGGGGAACGACAUGCAGAUCGGCAUGUACGUGGAAAAGACGCUCGACUCGGAAAUGUCGGGCAACAUCAUCGACCUCUGCCCCGUCGGAGCCUUGACGAGCAAGCCCUACGCCUUCCAAUCUCGACCCUGGGAGUUGAAGAAGACCGAGAGUAUCGACGUCAUGGACGCCAUCGGCUCCAACAUCAGGAUCGACUCGAGGCAGGUCCAGGUCAUGAGGAUUCAACCCAAGAUCAACGACGACGUCAACGAGGAAUGGUUGAACGACAAGUCUCGAUACGCCUAUGACGGACUGAAGUACCAGCGAUUGACGACCCCGUUGAUCAGGGAGGGAGAGCGAUUCGUACCUGCCUCGUGGGAGGCCGCUAUGAGCAGGGUCGCACAAGGGUUGGCCGAGACCGGAGCCAAGGGAGACGAGAUCAAGGCCAUCGCUGGUGAACUCGCUGAUACCGAGUCGAUGGUUGCCCUGAAGGACUUGAUGAACAGGAUGGGCAGUGAAAACUUGACCGUAGACCAGAAGCGUGGCGAUGAACCCAUCGUCACCGGGGUCGAUGUCCGAUCGAACUACCUGUUCAACACCCAGAUCGCUCGGGCUGAAGAGGCCGACGCUGUGCUCUUGAUCGGAACCAACCCUCGACACGAAGCUGCCAUUCUCAACACUCGAUUCAGGAAGAGCUACCUCCACUCCGGGCUCGAGGUCGGUCUGAUCGGCGAGGACUUUGAGUCGACAAUGGAGUACGAAAAGCUCGGUUCGUCUGCCAAGGACGUCGCUAGCUUCUUGUCCAACAGCAAGUCGGCCGACGGCGUCUUUGCCAAGGCGUUUGCUGGCGCCAAGAAGCCGUUGAUCAUCGUCGGAAGCGCUGUGCUCGAGAGCAAGGAUGGAGAGGCCGUCUUGAAGGCCGUUGCCGAGUACGUCGGCAAGAACUCGGACAAGUUCAUCACCCCCGAGUGGAACGGAUACUCGGUCUUGCAGAGGGCCGCCUCGCGAUCCGCCGCUUACGACAUCGGUUUCACCCCUACCGCCUCGUCGUCCAAGGCCACCCCCAAGUUCGUCUACCUCUUGAACGCCGACGAGUUCGACCCCAAGUCCAUUCCCGAGAACGCCUUUGUCGUGUACCAGGGUCACCACGGUGAUGUCGGUGCUCAAUACGCCGACGUCUGCUUGCCUGGAUCCGCCUACACCGAAAAGUCGACCACCUGGGUCAAUACCGAGGGAAGAAGUCAGAUGGGCAGGACCGCCGUCCCGCCACCCGGCGCCGCCAGGGAGGACUGGAAGGUUUUGCGAGCGCUUUCCGAGGUGCUCGGAACUCCUCUGCCUUACGAUGACGUGCUCCACCUCCGAGAUCGAAUGUGGGACAUCUCGCCCACUUUGGUUCGAUACGACAACGUCGAGACCCCCUCGGCUGAGGUUCAAAAGCUCGGCUUGAAGUCGUUGGCCGACGUUCAGGCGACCGCAUCAGGCGAGGCUUUCAAGAAGCCCGUCGCCAACUUCUACCAGACCAACCCGAUCGCCAGGGCUUCGGUAACAAUGGCGGCUUGUACCAAGGCCUUUGUGACAAAAGACUACAAGAUCCAGGACGAGGACAGCGGCAACUCGCAGGCCGCUUUCGCAUAGAAGCGUUCAUACGUGAAUUAGCAAAAGUAGCCUUCGUUCGAAUGGUACUCGCAUGGCCACCCGCGACGUCAUUCGGACUCCCUCUUGUACCACCAUCCUCUUCCUUAAUUCGGCCCGGAGACUCACUCGUAAUGGGUCUCUUUGUAUUCCUAGUCUGUGGCACAGCAACUAUGGCAUGAACGAUGCGCAACGA